AUGUCUGCACGCGGCGCCCGCAGUCGCAAGGUCCAGCAGAAAGAGGUCGAGAAGAAAGAGAAACAUGCUGUAUCCAAAGGAAAGGGUCCGGCCUCCAUCUACGAACAUGAGGCUGGAUGGCGUCCGUCUACCGCCAUGACGCACGCGCCCAGUAUGCACAACUCACGGACUGGCAUGUCCCGCACCUUCACCGAAUCCAGUACCCUUAGUCGUACGACAUCGCACAGUGGUUCUUCGAACGGUGGUAGUAGUAGUCGAGCACCAUACUCUAAUGCCUCGGUCCAAAGUCGCUCUCGCCCACCAAGGACUGCUGAUGCUGCUUCCAUAACGUCGGAUCACUCUUCCAAGAGCAAGGACAAGGCAAAGUACCAGGCUAAAGGCAAAGAAACAAAAGCUCCCCGUGGUAGAGGGGCAGGAGUACCGACCAAAGCCAUUCCAGUUUAUGCUCCCCCUGCUUUCCGAUCCGACUCUGUCGCUUCCCAUCCUCCCAUGCCAACAUAUCACAAAUCAUGGGCGAAUUUCAUGGUGUGGAAAGGCGGCAAAGACGGAUUACUUCCGUACGGCGGAUUCGACGUGGACGAAGACAUGCAGCAUGGUAGCGUUCUCAUAUACUUCAAGGAGGAGCAAGCCGAUGAUGAUAUCCCGAUACCCUCACUCAGGGCAGAACUGGACGUGCUCCAAAACUCCGGGUCCACUUGGUUGCUCAACGCUUUGCAGUAUGGCCAGAUAGAUGAUAACGACGUUGAUGACUGGAACCUCUCAGAAGAUACAAGCCCACCGCCCCAGAAUUUCUCGCGAACCCUCUCCCAACAACAUACGCAACGAAGACUGUAUGGUCAAACACCUCCAGAUGGAACGUCCGCCAGAGCAGAAUCAAGAACAGCUUCGAGUGCCCAACAUCUAUCUGGAUACUCCACCAUGGAACGCUCCAAUUCGCCCCCUCCAUUUCUCGGGACCCAUCAGCGCAAUCCGACCCACGAGAUCUGGUUCACAGCGCCUAGUAGGAUACAUACACCACAAGGACAAAGGCUACACCAUGUUGCCAUACGCAACUUCCUGGCAUUGCUGCAUGGCAAACCUAUCGUGGGCGCGGACAUUUUUGAAAUGCUGAAUACCCUGCAACCUGAGAUACAGAUCAUGGCGUUGCAGGAAGACUUCGGGUCAUUGUACGAUUACCUUGUUGACCGGGACGUAGUUUGGUAUCCACGUGAGGAGCGCUCCUCUAGGAAGUGGGAGAUGACGCAUCGGCAGAACAGUGCUUUCAAAGCGGAUCUUCCGGAACUUGGCAUGACAGAGAUGCUAGUGGCAUACGACAACAAGAACGGAUAUGCCCACAUUCCGCAUCCUUACCCUUUGCUGCCCAAAGAGGUACCAAAAGAAGGCAAAGACAAGGAGAAGAAGGGCUUUUUCUCGUCUUUGAAGAAAGACAAAACCAAGACAUCUACCCCUGAGACCACCAAGGAUGCAAAAGCGCAAUUGCAGCUUUCACUCAUCUUUACUGAGGCAACAAACAUCGAAAGGCUUGGCGUCGGCUUCAACGGCGGAGUACCUGGAGGCCACGCAGCAACAGUCGUGGUGCUGGCAACGCACCUGGGACCACAUGUCUGGAAAAAACGCACCUGUAGAGCUUGA